CCGAUGCCAGGUGUUGUUAAUAUGCCAAGUGAAUUUGGGCGGGUUUUUUUGUUGUUGUUGUUUUUUUCUUCUUCAACCACUGCGUAAAACGACCCAGAAGCGCCAUAGCUGCUUGAUUUUUUUUAGGCGACGUCCAAAAACAGCAUAUCAUACAAGACGCACUAUUUAGUUGAGUAGUAUGCGGAUUGGGACGCAGCCACAGGCAGUGGUCAAUUGUCAUGGUAACCGAGAAAGCUUCAUUCGGGGCUCUCUAACUCUGUAUUUACCUCAGGUCUCAGGUUCUCGUGUGGCCCAGUCUGAGAGCACAAGAGCAGAACGACAACACGGAGCCCCUGGGACCUUGUGACAGACAUCCAAAGUAUUCAGCGGCAUGGAACGCUUCACCGGGAUAGUAGCGAAGAGGAUUCGCUGAGUCCUCCCUGGCUGUGCGUCUAUGCUGGAAAAAGUUGGCUUGUCGCAGACCUACAGAAAGGAAUUCCAGCUGAGUCGAUGUGUGAUGGAAUUUCUAACAUCCAGUGCUUCAGUCUGUCAAACUUAAAAGAGGACGUAUCGGGUCCCCCUUUAGGAAUUAGGGCUCUUCAUCUAUGGCACAACAAUCGAGAAGACAUUUUCAGUAGUCGUCAACAACCACACAAGGCGUGCCUACUAUUGAACAUGACUUAUGGGGAGGAACCUGGCCCUGAGACACACCAGGAUUCUGCUGUUUUAACGUAUCUGGAAGGUUUACUAAUGCAUCCGGUUGCAUCUGGGCCUGGUGCCACGGCAACAAGGAGACCGGAGGCUGGCGGCAACAAUGGCGAGGCGGGAAACCAAGGGACCAGAGGCAUUCAGAUACCCAAUCACGGCUCUAGCCCUCCAGGAGCGGCUUCCCAGCACCUUAAAAAGGCCAGACUGUUGCGUUCGGGAACCUGGAGUGAGAUAGACAACCAGAAAAAAGACCUUGCUGCAGCGCAGGUGAACGGACAGGGCAAAGAGCACCAUAGAAUAAGUCUGGAUAAUUCUGCACAGGGAGAGAGCACGCUGCUGGCCUCUCUGCUCCAGUCCUUCAGCUCGCGACUGCAGACAGUAGCCAUGUCACAGAACAUUACUCAGAGUCACAAACAGCUAGAUGGAGAGAGCAGCGACAGAUCACCAACUGACAAGGACACCUUACAGGGCUACUGUACAGCCUCCAGCCACCUCAAAGGCCUGAUAAGGAAAAACAAGCAACAGAGCCACAACACUGUGCCUUACAGUCGUCGCAGCAGCCAAGACCGUUGCUCUCAGUCUCCUCGUUCGUCACAGAGCUCAGUGCCUGACAGAGUAUCCUGUGCAGAGAGAUUGAAGGCUGUGGCCAGUCUCGUAAAGAGCCGAUCUAGUCCCGCUCCUUCUCCUAAACCCAGUGUGGCCUGCAGUCAGUUAGCAUUGCUGCUCUCCAGCGAAGCCCAUCUGCAGCAAUAUUCUCAAGAACAGGCCUUAAAAGCACAACUGUGUGGCCGAUCAGCCAGCGAGAGACUGGCAGCCAUGGCGACGCAGCAAACUAAAGACAAUAGACCACCCAGCAUGGGAGAGUCUGUAUUUGCUCCAGACAUGUUGAGCCCUUUUAACACUCUAAACGGAACACUCCCCUCGCCAACAUUAAAUUCCAGCCAGAGAAGCCCUUCUUUGAACCUAGGCCAAAGUGCGCCCAGCGGCUCCCCUCGGCCCUCUCCUCACACCCCUAAAGAGAAGCGUCCAUUUGACAGGCACAGCAGCCGGCCCCCACAGAACUGCAGCAGCUUGCUUCUGCUCCUCCUUAACAACCACAACUCCCAAAAGCAUCUCACUAAGAACGGCCACCUGGAAGAUGACUUCACCGCUCCUCCUAGCCAAGCCUCCUCUCAUCAGUCUGACAGCGAGUAUUCCAACCCGGAAAACAGCUUGACCAAAGACAGCAGUGACGCAGAGAGCUGCUACUCCAGUUGCUCCCCUAUUGACCUCUCCACGAGGAGCCGAGUUUCCAGCCAAAAGUCAGAGCCCCCCUCCUCAGCCUCGUCUUUAGACAAGCUCACAGAGACGCUUAUAAGCAAGUGGAAGACAGAGACUCUCAGGGCAAAGGUCCCUGAAGCCAGGGAGUUGGAAAUGAUCCCAGACAUGACAUCCCAUCAUAAGGUUACCCUCAUGCAGUUACUGUUGGAUCGCAGAAAUAAUGAGAUGGUAAACAAAAUCGCACCUCUUCCUGAUUUGCCGGAUGACGCCACCCUUCGAAAAGCGACCGUAAGUCCACUUAACCGGCUUGGAACACUGGAGGAGAGCAGAACGCAGAACCCUUUUGACCAACUGAUGGGCAGAGGUCUGUCCACAUCUUCCCUCAGCGGAGAUACAAGCAAGACUCCUUCUCCUUACUCUUAUUCUUCACCCCUUGUUCAGUCCAGUCCUCUGAACCUGUGUAAGUCUAAACAGCACGCCAGUGAAAAGUUAGUGGAACCUGCUUUCACAGCCAGUAAGCUAUUACAAAAUCUGGCUCAGUGUGGUUUGCAGAGUGUAUCCCCCUCACCCCCUCUGCAAGCGUGCAGGCCACCGAGCAAACGGCAAAGCCCGGAGCCUGACCUAGACAGAUCUCAGACUCUUCUGGAUAGGGUUGCUGUUCCGAUAAAAAGGAACCAAACCCCUUUAUUUGAACCACCUCCUGCCACUUUCUCACCCUUUACCGGACCAGAGCGCUCACCUCCGGCACCGACACAAAUUGAAAACCUCCUGGAGAGACGGACCGUACUGCAGCUGCUGCUUGGCUCUGCUUCCCACAAGGAGAAAUCUACUGAGAGGAGAAGCACAGAGGUGGCUACGGGAGUCCAUGAGAAGCCUCCAGGGGCUUAUUUUCUAUGCGACAGCUCAAACGGGCCGUCGUUGAACGCCAUGGUCAAAACAGAGCCAAGAGACGAGGGUCUUCUCUCGGACGGCUCUGACGAUGCUGGACGGCAUUGUAGAUCGGGGCGUGAAAGUCAAAGCCCCAUCGUCGAAGCACACAGCAACGUUAAAGAAGAAGCUAAAUAUGGGCUUCUCAGCCAGCUCUUGAAACAGAAGACAACUACAUAUCAUUCGAGUCCACGCACAGAGCAGAUCGUGAGCACAGUGAAAGAGGAGCAACAAGAUUAUCAGGUGCCUCUUCCUAAAAAGAGGAAACUUUGCUUGGAGUUGGCUGAACACCUGAGUAAAGAACUUUGCCAGAGACCGUUGGAUACUGUGAGUGAGUGUCUGGUGUCUGGAACACCCGAGGCCCACAAUAGCAGAAGGCUGCCAAGCCCGAAAGAAGAGGACUUGUUCAUCAAGAGUCCUGCGAGUAAAGUUCCCACGAGAGACAGCCAAAGCUUCAAUGUUUUGAAGCAGCUCCUUUUGUCAGACAACUGUCUGAAGGAGUUAUCUCCGCCCCGGGGGAUCCCUAGUCCCUUACUCCCUCAGGCAAACUGCAAAGCCAACGAGAGCUUCAGUCAGCCCAGUUACAAUCAUGAACUUGUGAACUUUCCAUGGUUUCCCCAGACUCUUAACUCAGGGCCUGGUCGUUUUAAUCCACUCUCCUCCUCGCCGGUAAACGGCAUCCAGGGAUCCGCUUGGGAUAAGGCCUCCUCCCCCAGACCCAGUCCCAAAUCUGUGAAGAAAGAAACACAAAGCUCACAAAGAUGGACACUUUCUGGGGAGGAUAAAUGUGAAUCCAGCUCGGAUUCUCCACCUCUAAUGAGGUCUAAUCCUAUACUGUACUACAUGCUCCAGAGGAGAAACAGUCAGCUCAGAAAAGAGGUGGAGGAUCACGCGCAAAGGACGCACUGCGGGGUUACAGUGAAAGUAGAGCCAUGUGCCAAUAAUCGGUACUAUGACGCCAGACUAAGUACGAUUUCUCCAGUUCAGAUACAAAGACAAGGCAUCGAAGGCGAACACCUUAGUGGGCUGUUAGAAAAACCAUAGAUCCGAACUGCCAAAGAACGAAACGGACACCUUUCUGUUUUGUUUUCGUUUCAUAACAAACCACGAACUAUGUAUCCCUGACCACUUUUUCUUUCACGUUAACGAAUGCCGUAUAACAGCGACACAACGGUCAUACAUUACAGACUGAGCGUGUUACGUUUACGCCACUCGACGCGUCACGUUUCUUUCCGACCGACGUUUGUACAGGUCCUGUUUCAGUGCGGUUCGUUCUCCUUUUUUUUACAUUAUAAAACGUUUUCUAAAAAGAGCAUCCUAGAUAUACUAUCAACGACUCCAAAAAACGUCACCGUCGCAUUAAGUCUCAUAUUUAUUUCCGCACACGUCCCGCUUUUCCGAAGCACAAAGUUCUAUUAGAUGCGUGAGUGCCAUCCGAGCAUCACAUCACAAUAAAGGACAAUAAAAUUAACGGAACUCUUUACGAACGAUCAGGUACGUCUCGUGUCGUUCUACCUGAACGAUUGUACCACGACUUCUAUCCUAGUAGGAACGACGAUGACAAUACACCCCCCCCCCCCCCCCCCACACACACACACACACACACACACACACACACACACGUCGAAUUGAUUUACAAUGCUUUAAUUUACACAUCAGGAAUGGAUCUGUAGGUGUUGUUGGGUAUUUGGCAUGAAUAAAGAAAACGCGUAUUUUUUAGACGUCAAAUGAUCUUUUUACAGUUUUGUAUCGUUCAUUGUUUUGUACUUUAUAUUCACGUAUAUGUAGCAGUUCACAGACUUGCGGUGUCGAAUGAAAAAAUUUGCCCCAAAGAUGUGAGUACAUGUUCAUGAACUUUCUGUUUCCUACACACACAUUCAAUCAUAGAAGGAUAGCAUGUGAAGCUGAGAGCCUACUGUGAAAGAAAAAAAAAGUUUGCUCCAUCGUCCAAUUAAGUAUGAACUUUAAAAAAAAAAAAAAAAAAAUCAUCAUACAAUCUAUUUUAUUCCUUCCUGUGUAUGCAGAGACAUUUGGAUUUGACAAAUUUGUGUAAAUAGUGCUUUCAUGAUGAAAUAUGACUAUUUUGUAUUGUUGAAAAAGCCCUAGUUUUUAUCAUCUUGGAUUGUAAAUAUAAUAUCUGUCUAAUAAUGUACAUAAAAUUACAGAAAAUGAGACCUUUUUUUUUUGCAUGUCUCUAUGUUGUGAGCUAACGAUAAUCUUUGGAUCUUUGUUCUGCAAGCCGUCGUGUUACGUCUGAUCUCUACACUGCUGCCUGUUGCAUGCACAUGCAUGGGAAGCACCUGCGUAUCAGUACCUGCAAUGGGAAAUGUCAAGUCUUAAACCAAUUUUUUUUUU